GGCUGCCCGCUCUGAGCGCCCGUGCAGGCAGGUGGGUGCCAGCCAGGCUCGCCCUCCGGAGCGCCGCGCACCGCUGGGACCCGCCGGAGCCCCGGGAGUGGCAACUGCGGGGCGCGGAGCCGUAGCUGCCAAGGGAGGAGAAGGAUGGACGGGGAGGAAGAGGAUCGCAGCGUCUCGGAGCCGGAGCCCCAACCCGAAGAGCCUGGGAGCCUGGCUGGAGAGGACGACGACGAUGCCAACAACGAUGCCAGCAAUGCCAACGACAUCGAGAUCGUGGUGAACGUUGGGGGCGUGCGGCAGGUGCUGUACGGAGACCUGCUGAGCCAGUACCCCGAGACGCGGCUGGCUGAGCUCAUCCACUGCCUGGCGGGGGGCUACGACACCAUCUUCUCCCUCUGUGACGACUACGACCCGGGCAAACGCGAGUUCUACUUCGACCGCGACCCCGACGCCUUCAAGUGCGUCAUCGAGGUGUACUACUUUGGCGAGGUGCACAUGAAGAAAGGCAUCUGUCCCAUUUGCUUCAAGAACGAGAUGGACUUCUGGAAGGUGGACCUCAAGUUUUUGGACGACUGCUGCAAGAGCCACCUGAGCGAGAAGCGAGAGGAGCUGGAAGAGAUCGCCCGUCGGGUGCAACUCAUCCUGGACGACCUGGGUGUGGACGCGGCCGAGGGUCGCUGGCGUCGGUGCCAGAAAUGCAUCUGGAAAUUCCUGGAGAAACCCGAAUCCUCGUGUCCGGCGCGCGUGGUGGCCGUGCUGUCCUUCCUCCUCAUCCUCAUCUCCUCCGUGGUCAUGUGCGUGGGUACCAUCCCUGAGUUGCAGGUGCUGGAUGCGGAGGGUAACCGCGUGGAGCACCCGACGCUGGAGAACGUGGAGACGGCUUGCAUCGGCUGGUUCACCCUCGAAUACCUGCUGCGCCUCUUCUCCUCUCCCAACAAGCUGCACUUCGCCCUGUCCUUCAUGAACAUCGUGGACGUGCUGGCCAUCCUCCCCUUCUACGUGAGCCUCACCCUCACGCACCUGGGCGCGCGCAUGAUGGAGCUGACCAACGUUCAGCAGGCCGUGCAGGCUUUGCGCAUCAUGCGCAUCGCGCGCAUUUUCAAGCUGGCGCGCCACUCGUCGGGCCUGCAGACCCUCACCUACGCGCUCAAGCGCAGCUUCAAGGAGCUGGGCCUGCUGCUCAUGUACCUGGCCGUGGGCAUCUUCGUCUUCUCCGCCCUGGGCUACACCAUGGAGCAGAGUCACCCCGAGACCCUGUUCAAGAGCAUCCCCCAGUCCUUCUGGUGGGCCAUCAUCACCAUGACCACCGUUGGCUACGGAGACAUCUACCCCAAGACCACGCUGGGUAAGCUCAACGCGGCCAUCAGCUUCCUGUGCGGGGUCAUCGCCAUCGCCCUGCCCAUUCACCCCAUUAUCAACAACUUCGUCAGGUACUACAAUAAGCAGCGGGUCCUGGAGACGGCGGCCAAGCACGAGCUGGAGCUCAUGGAGCUCAAUUCCAGCAGCACCUCCGGAGAGGGCAAGGCCGGCGGCUCUCGCAGUGAUCUGGACGACCUCCCGCCAGAGCCCCCCGGGAAGGAGGCUCCAAGCUGGGGCAGCCGGCUGAAAAUCUCGCACAGUGACACCUUCAUCCCACUCCUGACCGAGGAGAAGCAUCACAGGACCCGGCUGCAGAGCUGCAAGUGACCGGGUUGGCCUGGAGCAGGCGAAGGAGGCUGGGUGGAACCGCCUGCCCAGGACUGCGGGAGGGGCCCUUCUCUGUCCCCCCCAUCCUCUCCCGAACAGAACUCCUAGCACCUCUCACCAGCCUGGGUAAGACCCUUUUUGCAGCCCUUGGACAAGUGUGGGUGAAGGGCUAUGCAGGAGCCCCAGGCUGAGUGGGGUGAGAAAAGGCAGGAGAGGUGCCGUUUACAGUGUCUCCUUCAAUAAAUCCUCCUGCUCUGUA